AUGGCCUUGACCAACAGAACAAACCAGUACUUGCAGGCCAACGCAAAACAGAAACUUGGGGCAGCAACAAACUCUGUAGAGAAGUUGCGACUUCAGUGUCUUUCAAGGGGUGGAACGGGGAUAAUGGGGUUAGCUCGGUAAAGAUAAAAUAGGAGUAUAUUAAUUUGCAACUAAGUGGAGUUCCCUACGUACAAGUUUGAAAUUUAUUCACCUUCUUAAUUUGUCAAGUUUUUAACUGCUGAGUAAAAACAAACAGUAUCGCUGUAUCGGAGUUAAAACAAAAUACUACUAAAAACGUUGAACAAUUUUGUUAACGUCGCGACAACAAAAGAGUGGAGUUCUCUGUUGCUGUUUUAUCGUUAUAUCGUCGUAUAUUCGACAGGUCAAAACAUUUUUGUAUAGUUCUAGCUUUCUGUUAAGGAGGCGUUUUUGCCGCAUUUUGUACUUGUCCAGAGAACUACACCUGCACGUUAUUUAUUAGAGAUAAAGAUAUGAAGAAAAAUUUGGGCGUUUGAAAUAAUUGUUUCUAACUUCUACGGUUUUCACUUUAGACAAUUUAAAAUAAUGGAUGACGACGGCAACAGGUCGCUUGAUAUCAAGGAAUUUAUGAAGGGCUGCGCUGACUUUGGUGUUCAGAUAAGCAAGGAAGAAUGUCAAGAAGUUUUCCAGGCCAUAGAUAAGGACAACAGUGGAACUAUCGAUUUUGACGAAUUCCUCCAGGCCCUCAGGGUAACAGUUGUGAUUAACAAAUCUUUGCGUUUUAGCCUCCCUUAUCAAAUUCUAGGAUAAACUUAAUAAAUCAAGCCUUCAUAAAGAUGGACAAGACAAAAGAUGGCACGAUAACGGUAUAUUUUUAAAAGUCUGCUGUAGUUUUGUUCUCUGUAUUAGGGUAGAUAUAAUAUUUUUCAUGCAUUUGUGGAGCAUCUGGCUUUUGCUUGUUCUUCAAAUUUGCAUCAAAGACUAUUUAUCCGGCAAAAAAUAUGCAGUCGAAAUUUGAACGCCUAUUUAAAAAUUGUUGGUGAACUAUUUAGGCGGAUGACCUUAAAGGAGUUUAUAAUGUUUCAAAGCACCCAAAAUAUCUAAAUGGAGAAUGGACAGAGGACCAAGUUUUCGCCGAAUAUUUAAAGACUUUUGAAGUCGGUGGAGACGUUGAUGCAAUAGUAAGUUCCUGUUAAUUACAUCUCAUGUAGUCUUCUACAAUCUGAUUUAGCUCUCUGGAUUGCCGACACACUUACUAUUAGGAUGAAAUAAUUUAUUUCUACUUUUUAUUAUUGUUGAUGUCAAGAACGUAAAAAAUGUAUAAAGUAGCGUUACGAAAUGAACGCAGGCUUGUAGACAAUAAAUCACUGUUCACUGGAUCGUUCAUAGUUUUGGGGGAGUAUUAUAAAACGUAAGUAUUUUAUAUAAAAACCCAAAUUUAUUUCGCAUAUUAAGGCAUUUCAGUAAAUUACGUUAAACUUUCGAGCAUGAGCCGUGCCUUAAACUGACAACAAGUCAGUUUGCUGAUGGCAGUUUUAUUUGAAUGGUUUCGCAGACCUAAUUACUAUAAUUCAUCGAGCAAAGUAUUUGGAAACCGCAAAACGAACCAUAAUUUAAAAUAAAUAAAGCUAGAAAAGCAGGUAGACUUGGUAUUCAUGCGGUCACUUUAGCAAAGAAAAUGCAAAAAACAAUAAGUUUGGCAUAUGUCGGUCAUUUGGCCUUCGCUAGCAUUUCUUUUCCUGAGGGUAAUUUGAAUAGCUGCUCAAUAAUAAAAACAUCGCUUAUUCUGAUUUGUUUCGAUUUCCUGGAAUCCACUCCGUGAUUGUUUUAGUGUCACCCGAAUAUCGUAAUAAAAUAUCUAUCUUUAGGAUAUAAUAUCAAUUACAAUUGGACGUCUUUGCAUUAUGACUACAUGAUUUGUUUCAGAAGUCAGAAUUGAGUGCUUAAUUAAUUUCUGAAAAAUUUAAAAAACAAAUCUGUUUGAAUUCGACCUACACUAUAAACAUUUCGAGAAAGCAUUACAUUAAGCUGCAUAAUAGUUUAUCUUAUUGCUCCAUUUUUCACGUUUAUGGUCACUAUACUUUUGGUAGCCAUACAUACAGCCUACGAAUAACAAUAAUUUUAAAAACAUAAACUGCGCUGAAGAAAAACAGAAAGUAGGGCAGUAUAAAGCCCUAUAAUGGAGCAUGGUAUUUCCUCAAAUGAUUGUAUCAUGGGCUAGUGCUGGGUAGACUAAAUGAUUAAUGGGAAAGCCGAGUCAGUAAAAGCAGUAGACAUUCGCGAUUGCAUAAGGAGCUGCAGUAUGCAAAUUUUUGCCAUCUUAAUAUCUAUGUCAAAAAAAUGUACUUUCCGUCAAAAUUUAGGUUACAAAGGAAGAAUUUCUUAAUUACUACUCCGGCCUCAGUGCAUCUAUCGAUAAUGAUGCAUACUUCGAUCUGAUGAUGCGGAACGCUUUCAAACUGUAAGAAUAAAUACACGGUACAAUCUUGUACAUCCAAUACUUAUAUAUACCGUUUUAUGUGUCCACUGCACAGAGUUAUAUCGAGUACGCAUCAAUUGUGUUUUUAAACAGUUUAUUACUGAUAUGUUUGUACUUUAGUAUGUAUGUGCGAGGGAAGUGAACAGUAUCCACCCUUGGAUCGAAGAGCAAAAGUGCCGGUUUUACAACAUUCUAAACAUAUUGGAUUUAAACUGUCACAAUCGGUGACUAAUCUGAUUCAGAGUAUUCAUCCCAAAUAUCAAACCCUAGAACCAGUCUAAAUUAAUCCAGUCUAUUACGUCUUAUUAUUAUGUAGAUGUAAUUAGACGUAAUUUAGUAUUUUAUCAUAAAUUAUUCUCUUCAGAGAGAACGUACGGCAAUGGUUUGUAGGAGACGACAAACCCCACAUAGUCAGUAGUGGUGAGGUGUUAAUCUUAUAACCGAAAUUGAAUUGAGCGAAGUGAUUUUGCCAUCAGGAAUCGAAAUCCGGCGAACGUUUCAUCUGUAUUGGUUUUCUAUCCGCAGUAUUGCCUGCAUAACUGUAUGUAUUUUCUUUCAUUAGAAGGUAAAAAUGGAUUGUCCUAAUUUGCCUAAGGGCGUAGCUUAUGGACUCGUAUUUACAAAGAUCCGAAUACUGGCGGUUAUUUUCAAUCAGUUUAAGGGCAAAAAAAGUUCGUGGCAAAUAAUGCUCGCUCCAAAGCAGAACUACAGUGGGUGGGCUAACUCAUGAAAUGCGUUUUAGUUUCUAAAAGGUUAAUUAAGUGGGGUUGUGAAACUUAUCAUCAUGCAGGGUAAUUAUGUAGUAAUAUAGCUAGCAUAGGAUGCCGGUUUUUGAACUAGCUUCUAUCCGGCUGCAUGCAAAAACCGUACUCUUUAAAAAAUGACUGUUUUCGCAACAUGCAUUCUUCUCAUUGAUUUUCGAUGCCUUUAAAAAUUCAACUAUAUUUCUUAGAGAGCAUGUAUAACAAUACUCAUUCUUUUACUCAUGCCGUAGAAUAUUACGUCUCCUCUUUAUACCGUAGGUAAAUGCAUGGUUUUUCGUAAGCGAAAAAUAUACGACUUAUAGUUUGUAUAACCUAACUGCAAGUAAAACGGCAUGUGGUCAAAAUUUUUCGAAGGUAGAAAAGUCUUUGAAAACUGAAUUAUACGUUUCCUUCGAACGUAACAUUGGAAGUAAUUGGACGUAAUGUUUUACCAGUUUGUUAAAAGAAUGAAUAUUGUUAUGCAUGUUUUCCACGAAAUAUAUUUGAAUUUUUAAAGGCAUCGAAAAUCAAUAAGAAAAAUGCAUGUUGCAUAAGCAGUCUUUUUGCAAAGAACAGUUUUGCCUGCAACCGGAAAGACGUUUGUUCAAAAGCCGGCAUUCUGAGGUAACGGAAUUAUUAUAGAAUUAUGUUGCAUGAUGAUUAAUUUAACGACCGUACUUAAUUAUUCAUUUCGAAACAGAGACGCGUUUUGAAAUUUCGGUUGACAUUUCAUGGGUUAGCCCACCUACUGUAUCAAGACAGCGCAAAGCUUAGGCAACUCACGGGCCUAGUAUCAAAUAACAAGAGGAGAUUUAGGCAUCAACUGAGAGAAUACUGUUUCCUGUACAGAAAAGUUAGGAUUUAGUUGAAAUGGACUAGCGGCAUAAACAGGCAUGCGACUGAAUGCCUACAUUUGGCAGGUUAUAAAACAGACUGGACACACUGAAUUUUGGGGAAAUGGGCUACAGUUUUCGUGGUCUAUUUGUGCGCAGAGGUCGUAUUACAAAAUCUUUCCUAUACGGGUACUUUCUAAAUCCUUAAAAAUUCAGUACAGAGUACUGAAAGAGUACAGAGUGCAAUAGAGACAGCCCCAGUUUUCACACUAAACGAUGCCUAAAUCGCUAUCUACUACCCACUGUUGAACUGACCUAUAUGAAACAUCUGAGAUUUACUUGGGAAGAACCUGAGGAAUUAAACGCCUGUUCAGGGAAAUAAAUAGACUCGGACAUAGACUAUUUCAGCAGUUGAUAAACUAGAGACUCUUGUAGGUCUUUUUGUCCACAUGCAUGUUAUCGGACCAUUUAAAAUUUGUGGGCCUGCACAUGUUUAUAAACCAGUAAAAUCAAAACGCUUGCAUCAGACCGCUCUUAUUUCUUAUAGGUAG